GUCAGCCGGAUUGUGUUCAUUGAGGGAAACCUUAUUUUUUAACUGUGCUAUGGAGUAGAAGCAGGAGGUUUUCAACCUAGUGACAGUUACAGAGCAGAGUCUACCCCCUCCUUUUUCCACACCUGCAAACUCCUUUGCUUGGGCUGAAUAUUUAGUGUAAUUACAUCUCAGCUUUGCGGGGUCCCUGUGGCAAAUACCCGGAUUAACAGAUUCCCAGGUUGUGAAAAUAUAUGUGCUAUAUCAUGAAGGCAACUAUCAUCUUUUUCCUGCUUGCACAAGUUUCCUGGGCAGGACCAUUUCAACAGAAAGGCUUAUUUGACUUUAUGCUAGAAGAUGAGGCUUCUGGGAUUGGCCCGGGAUAUGACAUUCCUGAACUGCCCCCCAUGGGCCCUGUGUGUCCGUUCCGCUGUCAGUGCCAUCUUCGAGUUGUUCAGUGUUCUGACUUGGGUCUGGACAAAGUGCCCACUGAUCUUCCACCUGACACAACGCUGCUGGACCUGCAAAACAACAAAAUAACUGAAAUCAAAGAUGGGGACUUCAAGAACCUGAAAGACCUCCAUGCAUUGAUCCUUGUCAACAAUAAAAUUAGCAAAAUCAGCCCUGGAGCUUUUGCACCUUUGGUGAAAUUGGAAAGACUUUAUCUGUCCAAGAAUCAUCUGAAGGAAUUGCCAGAAAAGAUGCCCAAAACUCUUCAGGAACUUCGUGCCCAUGAGAACGAGAUCACCAAAGUGCGAAAGUCUGUGUUCAAUGGACUGAAUCAGAUGAUCGUCAUAGAACUGGGAACCAACCCCCUGAAGAGCUCCGGGAUUGAAAACGGAGCCUUCCAGGGAAUGAGGAGGCUCUCCUACAUCCGCAUUGCUGACACCAACAUAACCUCCAUCCCUCAAGGUCUCCCUUUUUCUCUUACUGAAUUACAUCUCGAUGGAAAUAAAAUCAGCAAAGUCGAUGCAUCUACCCUGAAAGGAUUGACUAAUUUGGCUAAGUUGGGACUGAGUUUUAACAGCAUCGCUAUUGUUGAAAAUGGUUCUCUGGCCAACAUCCCUCACCUGAGGGAGCUUUACUUGGACAACAACAAGCUUGUCAAGAUCCCUGGUGGGCUAGCGGAGCUCAAGUAUGUCCAGGUCGUCUACCUUCACAACAAUAAUAUCUCUGAAAUCGGCCCAAAUGAUUUUUGCCCAUCUGGAUACAACACCAAGAAAGUUUCUUAUUCACGUGUGAGUCUCUUCAGCAAUCCAGUCCAGUACUGGGAGAUCCAGCCAACCACUUUCCGAUGUGUCUAUGUGCGUUCUGCCGUUCAGUUCGGAAACUACAAGUAACUCCAAGAAAGCCCUGGCGAAAUCCUGUUCACGUCAUUGCUAAAAUAAAUAAAUAAAUGAAUAAAUGAUUCAAAGAAAUAAACACUAGAUACUGGAAACUUAACUCUAUUGUGGAUGUUUUCCCCACAUGAUUUAUUAUACCUAGAGCUAAAUAUGCAGUUCAAGUAAUUGUCUACAAUAAAAACUUACUUUGUCUAUCUUCAGAAUCAUUUUUUGAAGAUUGCUGUUAAUGUUAACUCAGUUACUAUUGGUAUCUUUAUUUCACCAAAUGUAAAACUUGGAGGAAUUAUAUAUACAUGCCAAAAUUUACUAAAGCUUUUUUCUUUUAAUUUUUAAAAGGAGCAAAAUAGAGU